UUGCACUGAUGGGAAGGAUGGAGAAACCUGUUGUUCAUCAUUUUGUUGAGAAAACAAAGAAUUUGUUCAAUGCUUCAUGGUCCAAAUUACUGGCUUCCUUUCAUCAACGGCGCACGAGUUUAUCGUCCUUGUACCUUCGAUUCCUAACCCUGCAGAUAAACCCAUUUUGGGUUCACCUUCAUUACUUUCUUGCUAUGUCUGCGGUAGGCUUUUCGGCUUUGAAAAUCACAAAGACAAGAACUAACGUUACAGUUAGGCCCAAGAGCUUGGACUUGUUCUUUACCUCUGUGUCUGCAACCACAGUUUCAAGCAUGUCAACAGUUGAAAUGGAGGCUUUCUCCAAUACCCAACUCGCUAUUUUAACCAUUUUGAUGUUUGUGGGUGGGGAAGUUUUCACUUCCAUGCUAGGACUUGGACUUCAAUUAAUGAGGUCCAAGUUCAAGCUCACUAAAAAUAAUAUUACUACUACUACUACAGAUUGUGAAUCUCAGCGCUUGGAAAAUUCUCUCAAUCAAAUAGAAUUAGGUAUGGUACCUAGCCUGCAGCCAGCAGCGCCCAUCCAAUCACAAUCACAAUUAGUAGUGGAGGGCAAAAAUAAUAAUACUAGCUUGUUGGAGUACUCAGAACGAAUCAAAUCCUUGGAUAGUGAUAGUGGCAGUGGGCAGCAUCUGCAUUACAACUCCAUCAAGUGUUUGAGCCGUGUAGUAGCAUGUUAUCUCCUAGUUGUUAACCUAGUUGGUUCUACUUUGAUAUUUAGCUAUAUGAAGCUGCUGGUUCCAAGUGCUGGGCAAGUGCUGAAGGAGAAAGGCCUUCGAACGCUGACUUUUUCAGUUUUCACUACUGUCUCUACGUUUACAAACUGUGGGUUUGUGCCCACAAAUGAAAACAUGAUGGUCUUCAGAAACAAUUCAGGCCUGCUUCUGCUUCUCAUCCCUCAGGUCCUCCUUGGAAACACCUUGUACGCCCCGUCCCUGCGACUCCUCGUCUGGUUUCUAGAGAAAAUCACAAAAAGGGAAGAGUAUGGAUAUAUCUUGAAAAAUCAUCGUCGACGUCGUCGUCGUCAAGUUUUGCCUUUGGGAUAUGGUCACUUGUUAUCUAGGUCGCAUUCUGUGUAUCUAGCGGCCACUGUUUCUGGGCUCUUGCUUCUUCACUUGGCCUUGUUUUGCUCCAUGGAGUGGACAUCAUCAUCAGAAGCCAUGGGUGGUCUCAAUUCUUCUUACCAGAAAUUGGUGGCAUCCUUGUUUCAAGUUGUGAAUUCAAGGCAUGCUGGAGAAUCUGUCGUUGACCUCUCCCUGGUAGCUCCUGCAAACUUGGUGUUGAUCAUCGUGAUGAUGUACCUGCCCCCGUACACUAGGUUUUUUCUAGCUGAUGAUGAUGAUGAUGAUACUGUAAAGACUUGGAAAAAGAGCACCAAAAAAGGAAAGAAGUUUGUGGAUUAUAUACUAUUCUCACAACUCUCUUAUUUAGUGAUCUUUGUCGCUCUCAUUUGUAUCACCGAGAGGGAAAAAAUGAAGGACGACCCACUCAAUUUCAACAUUAUAAAUAUCGCCUUUGAAGUCAUUAGUGCAUAUGGGAACGUGGGGUUCUCAACCGGCUAUAGCUGCCAACGAAGAUUGAAGUUUGAUGAUGAUGAUAAGCUGUGUAAAGAUGCAUGGUAUGGAUUUGUCGGAAGGUGGAGCAACAAUGGCAAACUCAUCCUCAUCCUCGUUAUGUUCUUUGGAAGGCUUAAGAGCUUGGAAAAGGGAGGUGGCAAAGCUUGGAAACUAAACUAACCACCUACUAGUGUGUGCGUGCGUGCGCGCGUGUAGUUUUUGGAUUUUUGGGCUCUGUUUUCUCCUUCAGUUGCAUUAGGCUUGUGACAGGAUGUGUGUGAGUGUGUGUGUGUGUGUGUGUGUGUAGGGGAAGUCCCCAACUCAACCACCUUUACUUUAUUUGAUGCUGUUGACGAAUUACACAACCCAGUAUUAUUGUCAAGAGAAGAAUCUGUGUGUGUGUGUGUGUGUGUAUGUGUGUGUGUGUGAGAGAGAGAGAGAGAGAGAGCCAAUUGUUCAUAAUACCUUGGUAUUGAUUGUUCACUUUUGUCAAUACCUAUAUUUAGGUCCCUAAUAAUGCCUACUAAAACCCCUUGAGAUAGCUCAAGUGAUCAACAGCAUAGAAUCCAAAUGUUGAGUAU